CUGAAGAACCUAUUGAGCCGCCUACUGAACCAACUCACAAUGCUGUUGAACCACCUAUUGAGCCUCCUAUUGAACCAACUUUGAAUGAUGCUGGACGAACUCAUAAUUCUUCUGAACCAACUGUAAAUGCUGCUGAUGGAGAUGAACCACUAGACCAUAAUGUUAAUGAAGAUGGAGUGCAAUCAGAUGUUGAGAGUAGUGAAUCAGAAGAAGAUGUUCUUCCAGAAGAAGAUGAUUCAGAUGUUGAUGAUGAAUUGAGAUCUCUAAGGGCUGAAAGGAGGAGUAAGAGGCAGGGUAAGCAGAGGAAAAAACCAAUUGCAAUAGAUGAGAUACCACUAGGAGAAGCAGGUAUUGACAGAGGAGUUGAGGAUAUUGGAAGAACUACUACCCAGUACACAAAUGUGAUACUUCAAACAAGAAUAAGUUGUGCACUUCAAAGUUUGUUGCAAAGAAAUUCAAAGAUGAAAUAACUAAGCAGCCCCACAUAAGGAUAUAGGAAAUACAGGAGUUGUGUAGGGACAAGCUAGGAUUGUAUGUUGGCAAGACAAUUUGUUAUAGGGCUAAACUGUGUGUUCUCAGAGAGUCCAUGGGUGAUUGGAAUAUGGAGUUUGCAAGGUUAUGUGAUUAUGCUGAUAUGAUAAAACAGACCAAUCCUGGUAGCUCAUGUUGGGUAAGGAUGGACAGUGAAACUGAGCUAGGAAAAAAUCUCUUUGUUUACUUUUAUGUGUGCUUUGAUGCAUUGAAGAAAGGUUGGUUAGAAGGAUGUAGGAGAAUCAUAGGUUUUGAUGGUUGUUUCUUAAAGGGUGCUUGUAAAGGUGAGCUUCUAGUUGCUGUUGGCAAGAAUGGAAAUCAGCAAAUGUUUCCUAUAGCAUGGGCAGUUGUGGACCAGGAGACAAAACAUAGCUGGAGUUUUUUCAUCAACUACUUGAAAAAUGAUUUGCAAUUGGGAACUGGAGAAGGAUUAACUGUGAUGGCAGAUAUACAAAAGGGAUUUGCUGCAGCUUUGAAUGAAGUUUUACCUAAUGCUGAAUUUAGGAUAUGUUUCAGGCAUAUAUGGUCUAAUUGGCAUAAGAAAUGGAAAGGCAAGGAAAGGAGAAAACAGUUUUGGAGGUGCUCUAAAUCUAGUUAUGAAGUUAAGUUUAAAGAGGAACUUGAGAAAAUGGACAAACUUGGUAAGGAUAUUUGUAGGGAUUUGUUAUAUUAUCCAAAAAAGUCAUGGGUUAGAGCUUAUUUUGAAGUGCAUUCCAAGUGUGAUGUUGUUGAAAAUAAUAUGUGUGAGACCUUUAAUUCAUGGAUUUUAGCUUCUAGGCAUAAAUCAAUUAUAACUAUGUUGGAGGAGAUUAGAAGGAAAAUAAUGACUAGGCAAGUGGAUUUGUUGAAAUUUGCUGAUACUUUGAUAUCUGAUAUAUCACCUAUGGCAAGGCUAUUGUUAGAGGAUAGCAAAGACCUUGCUAGAAAAUGUAUUGUCCUUUGGAAUGCUGAUGUUGGAUUUGAGAUUGGAGAAGGGCUGCAUAAACAUGUAGUUAAUCUGACUGAUAAGGUUUGCACUUCUAGAGCUUGGCAGUUGAGGGGUAUUCCAUGUCAACAUGUUGUUCUUGCAUACUAUCACAUAAACAAAGAACCUGAACAGGCAGUAGAGCAUUGGUAUAAGAGGGAUACCUUCUUAAAAGCAUACAAGUAUUCCAUCCAGCCUAUGACAAAUAUGAAGAUGUGGCCAGAAACCAACAAUCCUAAGAUAGAGCCUCCCAAACCUAAACCCAUGCCUGGUAGACCUUAGAGGAACAGAAGAAAAGGCAAAGAUGAACCAAAAAAGAAAUAUGGAAAGUUGUCCAAGUGUGGAGUGAAAAUGACAUGUUCCAAGUGCCAUCAAAAAGGACAUAACAAAAGAUAUUGUAAGGCUGAAAAUUGGAUGCCUUCACAUCAAGGUAGCCAAAGCUCACAAGGUGCUAGCCAACCUGAUGCAGCUGGAAGCUCAAGCCAACCUACAAACUCUAUGUGCUUUGAUACAACAAGGGUUAGAAGGGUUAAUGAAGCUAGAAGCUCAAGCCAACCAACACCAAGUUCAACAGAUUCGAGCAGGCCUGCUAGAAGAGGAUUAGGUAGUCAACUUCCUCCAAAGGGUAAAGCAACUACCAGCUAAAAGAGAGGAAGGGGUGCAAGUAAAGAAGAUGCUGAAAAAGGAGCACAAAAAAGGUCCAAAAAUGUUGGAUUUGGCGUCUACACAGCUGCAAGUGAAACUCAAAUAUUAAAGCCCGGAACAUCAAGCCAACGACUUAUGGUAAGUGGUUCAACUUAUAAGAGUGCAGCUCUAACAGGAAUUGACCUUGGUUUUAAGGCUAGAGGCUUGAGGUGGAAGGGUUAAGAUGCUGUCACAACUUCCCAGUUGCAGCAGAUGAAGGCAAACUUCAGCAAGAAGUAGUAUCUUAGGAACUUAUUUUUUCUAUAUGUUAUGUAGCAACAACCUAUUAUAUUUUGGGAUCUAGUUUUUGAAGGAACUAAACUUUAAGUU